CAUGUUAAACACACACCGCCACCAUAUUGAGAGGAAAACACUGAAACACGGACAUUGCAAUAACGACUUGGAUGGGAAACCGAGUGAUUAGCUCGUUCCUGAUCACUGGAUUCCCCCCUGUUUCUCUGCUUGUUUUGGAUCAGUCCGUGUUUAUGGGUUUGGUGGUAAACGGUAAAACUCGCAGUUUCUCUCUAAAAGAGUUAACGAACUAGCGACUAAUCAAGCCGCGCAUCGCGUAUAUGUACAGGCAAUUUAAGUCGUAGUAGAAUAUUUCUAUUUUGGAUAACAUUAACGCAAUUUUUUAUCCAAAUGACUUAAUAACAAAAAUAACAACAACAUCGAGCUAAAGCAGGCAGCAGCAGCGCGCGCGAGCGAGCGAGACACUCCGCUCACUCCUUUGCUAGCUCGCGACUCAACUCAAGUUAGCAAAAAAAAAAAAAACAACAACACUUAGCCAGUUAGCUGAUAAUCCGUGCACGUCGGGGCUAAGGAAAUGAUUUACUAGAAAAUAAAAUCUUUUUCUUUGGAUUAGCUUUGUUGUUUUUCUUUUUUCUUUCUUUUCAUAGCUAAGCUAAGUUACGUCUGCGCAACUCGGAACGGAGACUCUAUAGCGUUAGAACUAGCUUAGCUUAGCUUAGCCUCGGAAACAGGAAGAACCUGUCGUUUCCAUGGACAACACGUCCAUCAUAACGCAAGUCAGGAAUCCAAAGGAGGACGAGGUCCUGUCGUCAAAUCCUGAAAAAGUUUCGCUGUCCAGCAGCAGCCUGAAGAAGAAGAGUCACCGCAGUUUAUUCAGCUCGUUCUUCUGCUGCCUGCGGAGUUAUGAAGUCGAUCCUCCCGCCAGCACCAACAACAACACCAGCAGCCCCCUGCCUCCGCCCGUGGAGGAGAAUGGAGCGCCGCCAAAGUGUGACCAGGCUGAGGUCGUCCCUGUGCCCGGUCCUCCGGAGAAAUACCUCCUCCCAGAGGUCAACAUCAACGACUACGGGAAGAAGUGUGUGGUGAUCGACUUGGACGAGACGCUGGUGCACAGUUCCUUCAAGCCUAUUAGUAAUGCUGAUUUCAUCGUUCCGGUGGAGAUCGAUGGCACGGUGCAUCAGGUGUACGUUCUGAAGAGACCGCAUGUGGACGAGUUCCUGCAGAAGAUGGGAGAACUGUUCGAGUGCGUGCUCUUCACAGCCAGCCUAGCCAAGUACGCUGACCCUGUGGCCGACCUCCUGGACCAGUGGGGAGUAUUUCGGGCGAGACUCUUUCGGGAAUCCUGCGUGUUCCACAGAGGAAACUACGUCAAAGACCUGAGUCGACUCGGCAGAGAGCUGCGCAACGUCAUCAUAGUGGACAACUCGCCGGCAUCUUACAUCUUUCACCCCGAGAACGCUGUUCCCGUGCAGUCGUGGUUCGACGACAUGAACGACACCGAGCUGCUGGACCUGCUUCCGUUCUUCGAAGGACUGAGCAAGGAAGAGGACGUUUACGGCGUCCUGCAGAACCUCAGAGGCAGGUAGCAAGCUGCACCGUCCUGCCUUACCACCCGGGGCGCAGCAGAGAGGUCGGAGGGUCGUCCCUGCUCUCGCAGCUCACACAGGAAGUGCAGACGACACCUGCCCUCGUCCUCGUCCUCGCGCCCCCCUCACACACCAACCAAUCGUCACGUCUGCGACCCACACGACGACGAUCGUCCACUACUACAGCUCACGAGAGAGCCACUUGCAUAAGUGCUUAUUAAUAAACCAAAAAAACAAAACAAAAACGCCAAACUCUUUCUUUUCCCUCACGAAACGAGAGAAUCCAGAUCUUUGGGUUGAUGCUAUGCAGGUGUUAAGGGACUGUGGGGUUUUCUUUCCUCUUUGCUUACCCAACAAAGUGCCUUUUUUGAAUGUCAUUUUUACUGGCAAAACAUUUUUGUACGUGAAAAAUAUUUCCAGAGAUUUUCAGAAUUCUACUCUUUAAAAAAAACAGAGGCAGGUUAUUAUUAUUAUUAUUACAUUUUUUUGUUAACGGCAGUGUUAUCCAGGCUGGAGGAUUUUAUUUACUUUUCUUUUACAAUCGUCUCCAUCAGUGUUGUCGUUUUUUUUUUUUUUUUUUUUGCUUUUUGUUUUCACUUGUGUGUCAUUUGUUUGUCAUGUAAAACCAAAAGGAUGCGUUCACACACUGCGUUCUGCGGUCUUUACACUCUGCCGCAGCCUCUUUGGUUCAGCGAGGCGAGAACAAUCGGAGACCGCGGAUCGUCUAUAAUCGUGCCAACGUCAUUUCACGCCACGAGGCUUCUUCUGGGUAAAAAAAAAAAAACCUCGCUGGAUUUUAGCGUAGGUCCAGCGAUGGUACAGGACACACAGACAAUCGUGUCUGACCGUCCCAGCGCUCGUCCACGGAGCGCCACAGGUGGUUAGGUAUGGAUACGCUGAGUUUUAGGUUUAGUUAGUGUUUUAAGAUUAGUUAGCAUUUUAAAGCUGGCGUCAGAAAGAUCCACCACUUUCUCCUACAGUUUUUUAGCGUAUUUUAUAUAUAUAUAUAUAUAUAUAUAUAUAUAUAUAUGGGCCAGAAAGAGACGCGUCCGAUCGUCAUAAAAUGUCCCUCAGGUGUUUGCUGAGAUUAACUUUCAUGCCAUUGUAUCAGUUAAUGAUGGUGUUACAGUUAGAAAUGCAGUUCUCUCCAGAGCAAGCAGGACACGGACAUCGGCCCAGCAGCGUCCCGUGUAAUACGGGGAAAUUUUUAUACUUUGCGCUGAACUUGAUGAUGUUUAUAUACAUCAUCAUCAUCAUUAUUAUUAUUAUUAUUGUGAUCAGAUUAUCAGCACAAACCUGUCUUUUUUUGUUUUUAAAUCCGCUUUGUGUCAUACUUCUCAUCACGUUAGCGUUUAAACUUUGCACCUGCACCCUACUGCUGUGACGUCAUAGCAGACUUCAGUACCACACACACACACACACACCAGACCAGCGUGUGUACAUGCGUGCACGCGAGAGAAAGUGAAGGUCUAUCUGCAGAUUUGUUUAAAGCAGUGCAGAGGCUCAAGGUGCUGUUUGUGUGUGUGUGUGUGAGUGUGUGUGUGUGUUAGCCUCUCUCACCAUGGUGCCUAGGAGAGGAGCAGCGGUGUAUCAGAGCCGCCAAACACGCAACAACCUCUCCUUUUUUUAAAUUAUUUUUAAUUAUUCCCUCCUUUUACACACUACACCGUGGCCUGAUUGCAUUAAAUCCCACGAUAUUUACACAAACUGAAUUCUGUCUCGUCCCUCUAUCUCAUUCAUUUUUUCUUUCUUUUCAGUUUGCUAAUCUUUCAGUAUUUAAUUUCAGACACUGUUUUUGUUCCCUUUUUUUCUUUUUUCUUUUUAACCCUGCUGCUGUUGCUGCUGCUGUUUUUUUUUUUUUUUUUGAUUUAAACCCAGUGUUGGGUUUCUGCUUGUCUUUUUUUUUUUUUUAAGAAAUGCUGUACAAUUUAAACCAUGCAUUAACAGAUUGUAAAACACAACACUGCCCUUUCAGAGAUUUCUUUUACCUCAUUCGUAUCAUCAGCGUCUCCCCCAACUCCCCCCACACACACAUAUGUACACACAUUAAACAAGGUGUCAAAGGGUGGAGCACUUUCAGUGUUGGUCAAGGAUGUUUGUUGUUGUUGUUGUUUUUAGUUUUUUUUGUUUUUAGCUUGUUUUAUUUUUUUUUUUUCCACAAAUGUUUAAAGGCACGACUAGUUACGGUGUCGAGAUCAUGUUUAGAGUUACUAAUAAGCAUUACAUCCACUUGGGGGAUCUGUCCUUUUUUUUUUCCUUUAAUGUUUUUCUUUUGUUCUUUAUUUGGAAAGCCGUGUAGACAUUCAUUACAGUUCUGGAAAUCGGUGACGAGGCUGCGCAGUGCCACGUUGUUUU